UUUGAUUGAUUCUGAACUGUGACUGACACUGUGUUUGUGAUUGUUUGACUUAUUGACAUUGUUUUUUUUUCUUCAGGAAGACGACAGCGAUGGAGUUACCGUUGACGAACCUGUCGAAUACCAAGGACAUGAUGAGGAUACUGGUGAUGAUGAUGAAACUGAUGAUGGUGAUGGAGGGGCUUUCAUUGACGUGAACGACAAUCCUGACAACGCGGAUGCGCCACAAGUUCGUCAGGUACCAGGACAGCGCCGAAUGUCAAACCCACCGGAUGGAUGGUCCAACAACAUUCCAGAUGUCAACUUGGGUGCCUACGGGGAAAAUAGCGGACCGAAAUGCAAUCUUCCGUAUGAUGCUCCAGAACUAGACUAUCUAAAGUGUGUGAUAGGGGAGGAUUUCUUUGAGAUGUUAGCUAGAAACACAAACAUAAAUGCAGCUACAAAGAAACCCCCAGUAGAUGCCGACAACAAUGACGAAUACGCCUCUUCAGAUCCUGCAUGGACCCCAACCAAUGACAAGGAAAUGAUGGCCUUUGUUGCAAUCAACACACUCAUGGGUAUAACAAGGACAGCUGAAUACAAUGAUUGCUGGUCACAAGAUCAGGCCCUCAGAAAUGAGUACAUUUCAAAGUUGAUGACCAAAAACCGCUACGAGAAACUAUGUCAAUAUCUCCAUUGCAGUAAUGUCCGCGAACGGCAUGAGGAAGAUGAUAAAAUUCACAAGGUUAGGGAUUUUGUAAAUGUUCUGCAAGAUAAUUUCUCAAGCAUGUUUGUGCCAGGACAGACCCUCUCGGUGGAUGAAGCGAUGAUCAAAUAUAAUGGGAGGUUGGCAUGGAAACAAUACAUGCCAAAAAAGCCAACGAAAUGGGGCAUCAAACUAUGGUGCCUGUGUGACUCGAAGACAGGAUACUGCCUUACCUUCCAAGUGUACACAGGCAGGGGAAUGGACGCUGAACUUGUUCAACAAUUUGGCCUGGGGUAUACGGUGGUGAUGGGGCUACUGAACCAGUAUCUGUUACGGAAUCACAUUGUCUACGCUGACAACUUCUUUUCAUCUCUGCCCCUCGUUGAAGACCUCCUUCAGGCAGACACUUAUUACUGCGGUACCCUCCGAAAGGAUCGCGUUGGUAUCCCACGUGAGCUACAACAAGUUCGGCUAGAAAAGUAUGACAACGUGAAGUGGGCCAGGAACGCGGUUACAGUCACAAGAUGGAAGGACAAGAGGGACGUGUAUCUGAUCUCCACGAACAACGAUGGGUCUGAUGGGCAGAAGUCACGUACAAAGUUUCGCAGAGAUGAGAGGAUCUCAAUCCCAACGGUCAUUCAGGAUUACAACGCUGAGAUGGGCGGUGUUGAUCACGCUGAUCAACUAAGAAGCUAUUACAAUGUUGGCCGGACGGGAAGAAGGUGGUGGAAGUACCUCAUGUGGGGCCUCCUCAACAUUGCCAUGGUGAAUGCAUACAUUCUGUGGGAACUUUCAACGAGACCGCAUCCCUCAAAUUGCAGGAGUUGGUCCCUGAAAGCGUUCAAGUUGGCCCUCAUCCAUCAGCUUGGGGAUGGAUUUUCUUCUCGUAAGCGUCGUUCAAGUGCUGAUGGUGAUCGUCCCAUUGAAAAGGUGGUGGCAAAGGAUGUCAUCAUUGGUCACAGUCUUGUGGCAUUCGGCGACAGGAAGAAAGUCUGCAUGCAGUGUAAGAAGGCUGGGAGGAAAGCCCCAAGUGGUGAAAGUGUUCAGACAAAGUUUGGGUGCACGGGAUGCAGACUGAAUCUAUGCAAAAACCCGUGUUUCAACGAGUGGCAUAACAUCGUUUAGACAGUAUCUUUUUCGGAAUGCUUGAACAUUUGUAAACUGAAUGAUUUUGAACGUUUAGAAUAGAGUCAUAUUUAUAAGGCACAUUAUGUUUGUGUUUGUACAUGUAUUUGGUUGUUUGUUUGUGUGUUUGUUUAUUUGUUGUUUAUUUGUUUGUUUAUUUGUUUGUUUGUUUAUUUGUUUGUGCAUUUGUUUGUUUGUGAAUGUAUGUGUGUGUUUGUAUAAGAGGAAAGGAGACCAAAGUUUCUCCCAUAGUGUAAUUCAGCAGAUUUUAAUCUUCAUUUAUGUCAUAAUUACUUUUUUCAGUACUUCCGGGAAAAGUCUUGACUGAAGACUAAUGCAUUGUUUAUCUUUCGUAGUAUGUAUACAUAUAUUGACAAAUAUUUGUUUCAAAUUUGAACCAUGAUUGAUUCAAAAGGUCAUCUUCACUUCUAAUAAUCAAUCAUCUAUUCUGAAGAUGAUUAUGUAGAUGGUAUCAUUGCAAAUAUAUAGUUUUUCUUCUUUUUGUUGACUAUCCAAAGGUCAAAGGUCAACAUUCGUACAUCUGAUUGAUCUCUGCUAUGUACCAUUCUGUUCAGCAGGUCCUAUGCUACAAAAUAAAUAUAACUUGUAAUGAACGAAAGUGAAUGUAUAAGAAACUGUUUCAAUUUGUUUGGAACAAUGCCUACUUAUUACCAGUUUUAUUGUUUCCUCCAGUGAGAGAUUGCCCAUUAUGCAUAUAAUCUGUAGGUGCUAAAGGGUUAAUCUAAUAUGGAUAAGCAUACGUACACACGAUCGUUGACUGUCCAAAAUUCAGCAAAUGAACACUUAGACUUUAAUGGCGAUUUAAACCAUUAAGGCGAUAUUUUGAAGACAAAUACCUGAUUACAUCAUAUUUGAAGAAUUCCAUGAGCUUUAUUUUAAAAGAAGAAUGAAAUUUGGAGCACAAGUGGAUUUCAAGUUAUCGCUAAUCAAAGUUUGCAUUGGAAAUGAAGAAUUUAUACAAACACUAAUUAUGAAGUUUUAUUAAAAGCUUUGACAUUGGCUAGAAAUUACUAACGGGAAACCAUUUGUUUGCUACUAAGAAGUAUAUCUCAAGGAAAAUAGUUAUAUUCAUAUGAAUUUACUUGUCCAUUUUUCGACCGAGGAUUUAACCUGAGAUCAUGAAAGAGAGAAUAGAACGCAACAAGUAAUUGAAGAAAUAACCCAAACUCUUUCACCAAAUAAACACUUAGACUUAAAUGGCGAUUUAAACCAUUAGGCCGAGAUUUUGAAGACAAAUACCUGAUUACAUUUUUUUGAAGAAUUCCAUGAGCUUUAUUUUAAAAGAAGAAUGAAAUUUGGAGCACAAGUGGAUUUCAAGUUAUCGCUAAUCAAAGUUUGCAUUGGAAAUGAAGAAUUUAUACAAACACUAAUUAUGAAGUUUUAUUAAAAGCUUUGACAGUGGCUAGAAAUUACUAACGGGAAACCAUUUGUUUGCUACUAAGAAGUAUAUCUCAAGGAAAAUAGUUGUAUUCAUAUGAAUUUACUUUUCCAUUUUUCGACCGAGGAUUUAACCUGAGAUCAUGAAAGAGAGAAUAGAACGCAACAAGUAAUUGAAAAAAUAACCCAAACUCUUUGAAAAAAAAUUAUUUAUCACUAGUACAGCAAAAGGUAGACCAGAGCAAUUAAGGACUUGUAAGGAAUCUCUAAAUACGCCGUCUCUUCGGCGAAGCUUGGAACAUUUUGCACGCAAAUUACGCGAGAUGAUCUUGCUGAAUAUCGUUGCGAACUGUAGCUGCCUGCAAAGCACUAGACGCACCGGGUUAUCAUUUUUGUCGAUGUAAUCCAAAUAGUAAGACCAUGAAUUGAAUCGUUUCGAAUAAAAACAAAAAAAUAUAUAUGUUCAUUUAUCUCCCAAAUAAGGUUACUGCAUAUGUGGUGAAAAAAUGUAAGAAUCAUCAAGCUUUUACUUUUGAGACAAUAUAAAAUAUACCAAACCACAGGUUUAAUCUAAUAUGGAUAAGCAUACGUACACACGAUCGUUGACUGUCCAAAAUUCAGCAAAUGAACACUUAGACUUUAAUGGCGAUUUAAACCAUUAAGGCGAUAUUUUGAAGACAAAUACCUGAUUACAUCAUAUUUGAAGAAUUCCAUGAGCUUUAUUUUAAAAGAAGAAUGAAAUUUGGAGCACAAGUGGAUUUCAAGUUAUCGCUAAUCAAAGUUUGCAUUGGAAAUGAAGAAUUUAUACAAACACUAAUUAUGAAGUUUUAUUAAAAGCUUUGACAUUGGCUAGAAAUUACUAACGGGAAACCAUUUGUUUGCUACUAAGAAGUAUAUCUCAAGGAAAAUAGUUAUAUUCAUAUGAAUUUACUUUUCCAUUUUUCGACCGAGGAUUUAACCUGAGAUCAUGAAAGAGAGAAUAGAACGCAACAAGUAAUUGAAGAAAUAACCCAAACUCUUUCACCAAAUAAACACUUAGACUUAAAUGGCGAUUUAAACCAUUAGGCCGAGAUUUUGAAGACAAAUACCUGAUUACAUUUUUUUGAAGAAUUCCAUGAGCUUUAUUUUAAAAGAAGAAUGAAAUUUGGAGCACAAGUGGAUUUCAAGUUAUCGCUAAUCAAAGUUUGCAUUGGAAAUGAAGAAUUUAUACAAACACUAAUUAUGAAGUUUUAUUAAAAGCUUUGACAGUGGCUAGAAAUUACUAACGGGAAACCAUUUGUUUGCUACUAAGAAGUAUAUCUCAAGGAAAAUAGUUAUAU